CUUGUUACUUGAAUGCUAAUCAUGGCUUCCCAAGCGAGCAAUCACCCACUUAAACAUGUCUCCCCACACAUAUUGUCGCUGCUUUCCAGACUACACAAUAAUUCCGCCGCACAGGAAGCCCACAUGACUUGGGAUGACUUCGAACCCGAAAGCGUCGAUCAGAAAAUGCGAGACAAGUUCGUUGCCAUCGAACAAGAUAAAGCCUUCUUUCUCUACCAAAUGGGCCUUGCAACUGGCGCUAAGACUAUAGUCGAGGCUGGCACAUCCUACGGGGUGAGCACCAUCUAUCUCGCCCUGGCCGUUGCAUCCAAUGUCGAAGUUACGGGUGGCCCAGGAAGAGUCAUCGCAACGGAGCAUGAGCCCGAGAAAGCCAAGAAGGCUCGAGAGCAUUGGAAUGCGUGCGGUAGCUCUGUCAGCGAAAUCAUCGAGCUGCGAGAGGGUGAUAUCAGAGAGACUUUGAAACACGACUUGGGAACGGUAGACAUGCUACUGUUGGAUAUCUGGGGCCCGAUGCUGCUUCCAGCCCUGAAAUUGGUCCAGCCGGCACUGAGACCGGGUGCUGUCAUCAUUACGGACAACACGAUUAGUGCUGCAGAACAUUGCAAAGAACUCCUUGACUACAUGCGUGCGCCUGGAAGUGAUUUUCGGAAUCUUACACUCCCGUUCAACAAUGGACUCGAGAUGAGCGUAUAUCAGCCGCAAGGGUAAUAGUGACGGUAUGGGAAGAAUAGAUUGUUGGGAAGGCAGCCAGCAGUGGUGUAUAGGAGGACAAGGCGCCGAUUGAGUCGUACUGACCUGGGUGGAACCGUGUAUGAAGCUGUCCUUCAAACAAGGCCUUCUUAGCGAAGAACUGCGAUCUCCAUUAGAAGGUGGCCAAAGACGAGUUGUAGUGUAGAAGCAC